AUAAACUAACAGACUGUAGAGUGGACUGACUGGCUGUGUGGGGGGUGGUAUUCCCAUCUCAUUCCUGUUUGCUCCAUUGUUCCUUUUGGUUCUUGUGGGCGCUAGACCACUCGAAGGACGAUAAAGAGACGAGAAACAAAGCCGUCCAGCAUUGGUUGUUAGUUGUGUACCACCUCUCUAUUGAAUCAUGGAUAUCGAAACUUUCCCGCGCGCUAAGGAACCUGUAGUCAACUACAAUGAUCGACCGUCCUCAUACUGCCACUUAUUUCAUGUUUCCAUAGCAUCAUAACGAUAAGCGGAGCACUUGGGAAGCGUGCAACUCCCCGAGAAGUCCUUCGCUCCUGGCCAGUUUCGAGUUUCCCAACUGAUCGCUUAUCGCCGGGGUUGACCUUCACAGAUAAGAGCCUCGCGCAAUCGUAGCUCGGAGCUUUGACCCCAGAAACGCUGUGACGUGAUUAGGAAUCGGUAAGAUGUAUGGUGGAAUCCCCGCCAUCGCAAAUCGGGGACAUCGAAGAACCACCCGAAUUCUAACCUUUCCUUGAUUAAGACCAACCAAUAUUAACGUACGAAGGCCAUCAAACGGCGAGUAACCGGACAAUUGCUUAUUGUUGAGACUUUUAUUGGCAUAUCAAUCCCUCGCCUACGCGGAAACCAUGGAUGAGAAACAACGUCUGACGGCCGACGAGGCUUGCGAAGAGGUCGUAGCAUCCCCUCGCAAAAGCCCGUCCCCCGCGAAGAAGGCAGUCAUCGCUUGCUUCGCAUUCUGGCUACUGUCUCUGACAUUUGCCUAUCACCCCGUGAAGUCAUGCUACCACCGUAUGAGAAACCCGGGGACGGCACCCCUUACAGUUGAGGAUAGGGCCCACGCUAUCCUCUCCCAAACGCCAUUGAUCGACGGCCAUAAUGAUCUUCCCAUCCUCGUCCGGGCUUACUUCAACAACCACAUCUACGGGAAGAACUUCACCGAGCCCUUUGAGAACGGCGGUCUCGUCGGCCAUGUUGAUCUGCCCAGACUUCGCAAGGGUCAGAACGGAGGCGCUUUCUGGAGCGUCUACACCCCAUGCCCGGCCAAUGGCAGUGACUUUUCCGACGAGAACUACGCCGAAAGCGUCCAAUGGACCCUCGACCAAAUCGAUGUCAUUACCCGCAUCAAAGACGCCUACCCCAAGGACUUUUCCCCCAACCUGGACAGCGGUGCCGCCCUGGCGGCUUUUGAGAAGGGGCAACUGAUCUCGCCCCUGGGAGUCGAGGGACUGCACCAGAUCGGCAACUCAGUUGCCAAUCUCCGACGUUAUCAUGCUUUGGGCGUCCGCUACUCGACCCUCACCCACAACUGCCACAACAAGUUCGCUGACGCCGCGCUACUCGAGAGCCCCCUACGCAAGGCUGAGCCUCUCUGGCACGGUCUCAGCCCGGCGGGCCGUCGUCUCGUUCAUGAGAUGAACCGAAUCGGUCUCAUUGUUGACAUCUCUCAUACGAGCGAGGAGACACAGACUGAUGUCCUUGGAGGCAAGGACUGGGAGGGCAGCAAGGCGCCCGUGAUUUAUUCACACAGCUCCGCCUUCAGCGUGUGCCCUCACCCUCGCAACGUCAAGGACAGCGUCCUCGAGCUGGUUAAGCAGCGUAACGCCGUCGUUCUGGUCAACUUCGCGCCCGACUUCAUUUCGUGCGUCGAGUCCGGCAAUGACAACGGCCUGCCAACGUACGUACCCGGCAACGCCACGCUCGCGCAGGUCGUCCGGCACGUGCUGCAUAUUGGUAACCUCAUCGGCUUCGACCACGUGGGAUUCGGCUCAGACUUUGACGGCAUCGGGUCGGUGCCCAAGGGUCUGGAGGAUGUGUCCAAGUACCCAGACCUCGUCGCCGAGCUGCUGAGACAGGGCGUGAGCGACGAGAACGCGGCCAAGGUUGUUGGCGGAAACGUUCUUCGUGUAUGGAGAGAGGUUGACGCUGUUGCAGCGAAGCUGCAGAAGGAUGGCGAGCCCGUCCUUGAAGACGACCUGCCCAACGCCAAAUAGUUUAGUCAUCUUAGGAAAUCUGCCCAUGCUACAGUGGGACGUAUUUCGUACUAGCAUGUCGUUAUCGCAGCUUAAUAUAACAUA